AUGGCCCAAACACAGGUUCAGACGCUUCCAGCGCCAACUGUCGAGGUCUCUAUUCCGCCCUCUUCAAUUUCACUUCCAACCGAUCCCAAUUCGCGAUUGCGGAACCGCCUUGCUCUGGAUACCUAUUCGUCGCCAGUGAACCAAAAUGGCAGUUUCGAGUUUGACCGCGUCGUCAAAAGCGGCUACCUGCAAAAACGCACGCAGAAGACGAAGGCUUGGAAGUCGAUAUAUCUCGUUCUGCGUCCCACAUCGCUAUCCAUUUACCGAUCUGACAAGGAAGACAAGCUGCGCCACAAGCUGUACCUCGCUGACCUUACGGCGGUUGCACUGCUGAAGGAUCCCAAGAAUAAAAGAAAGAACGUAUUCGGUUUAUUCUCUCCAGCAAGGAAUUACCAUCUCCAGGCCAGCAGCAGUCACGAUGCGGAGGAAUGGGUCGAAUUGAUCAGAAGUCAUGCCCGGAUUGAAGAGGAGGAUGGGGAGCUUCUUCUUGCAAGUCCCGUCGGUGGCCGCCGACAGUCCUCCUUUAUGGUGGUUGGGAGUAGCUCCGGACAAGGUGCAGAUGCUACCAGACCUGAAAGGCUUGCGUCAAGCUCUCCGGAGCCGCUGGAACCUCCAGUGCCCCGUUUUGUCGGCUCGGACCGUCGUCGUCCGUCACAAAUGGCAGACUCAGCAGGGUAUUCUGGCAACGAGCUAGCUUCACACUCCGAUUUCUCGGAUAACGAUAUCCAGCGCAUACAGGGCAUGUCAAUCGAGGAUUUGGCGGUCCAGUCCCUGGGUGAAGGUGAAGGCUCAAGUGGUCGGCCAGGUCUUGGUAACCGAAAUGCGAGCCAGGUUAGUGGCCUGAACCUCGAGCAGGAUCCUGACCGCGUCAUCUGGCAAGGCUGGCUUUGGUUCCUCAGAAGUAAGGGUGGCGUGAGGCAGUGGAAGAACCUGUGGGGUGUACUGAGGCCGCGGAACUUCAUUCUUUACAAGGACGAAUCCGAGUAUACGGCGCAGUUUAUCAGGCCAAUGUCAGCAAUCGUCAACGUGGUUGAUAUCGACCCGGUAAGCAAGACCAAAACACAUUGUCUCCAGCUCAUUACAGAAGAAAAAAGCUAUCGCUUCUGCGCCCACGAUGAGGAGUCUCUGAUCCACUGCCUUGGGGCAUUCAAAAGUCUGCUUGCCAAAAGGCGAGAGCUUGAGGUACGAGCCGCGGUCUCAGUGACACAGCCGACACCUGCUGUAUAA